AUGCAUUUGGCUUGUCAAAAAAAUUUGGAAAAACCAAAACUCAGUGGUAAUGGCAGAUUAGGAUCUUUUCUGCCAUUACCACUGAGUUUUGAUGUUGCCAAAUUUUUUUGACAAGCCAAAUGCAUCAUCGCAAAAGAACAAUUUUUUUUAUUGCAUUUGGCUUGCCCAAAAAAUUUGGAAACACCAAAAACUCAGUGGUAA